AUGUCGACUAAUAUAGUGAAUGUGAUGAACGGGGUUGUUCGUCCCACAGCCAAAUUUCAGGCGUCUAUUUGGGGAGAUCAUUUUCUUAAAUAUGCUUCUUCUACUCAUGAUUCAUCUGACAAUCAUACAAGACACCAAGUUUACAUUGAAUUGAAAGAAAGAACAAGGAAAAAACUCACGUCCAAUAAGAUGAACGGGGUUGUUCGUCCCACAGCCAAAUUUAAGGCGUCUAUUUGGGGAGAUCAUUUUCUUAAAUAUGCUUCUUCUACUCAUGAUUUAUCUGAUAAUAAGAUACAAAACCAAGUGUACAAUGAAUUGAAAGAAAGAAUAAGGGAAAAACUCACCUCUCCACAUUUGAGCAUGAUGACCUCCAAAGAAAAGUUAAACUUUAUUGAUGUGAUUCAACAACUCGGUGUAAAUUACCUUUUUGAAACUGAGAUCGAACAAUUACUUCGAUGCAUUUACAUUGAUGGUCAACACAUUAACCAUGACUACAACGACGAUGAUCUUCACAGUUGCGCUCUUCGUUUUCGAUUACUAAGACAACAAGGAUAUAAUGUUUCUUCAGUGGAUAUGUUCAAGAAAUUCUUGGACAAUGAAAGCGGUGAAUUCAAAACAUGUAUAAGAAAUGACAUAAUAGGGAUGUUAAGCUUACAAGAGGCUUCCCAUUUGAGGUUCCGAGGAGAAGAUGUAAUGGAGAAAGCCUUCAAUUUCACGACAAAGCAAUUUGAGACAAUGUUAUUGCAUGAUCAUGAUCUCCUAGAUCACAUUAAUCCCCACCUUGCACAACAAGUAACUAAUGCUCUCAACCAAUCCUUGUUUAAGGGUUUUAUAAGGAUGGAUGCAAGAAGUUAUUUCUCCUUCUACGAGAAUUGCAAUACUCACGAUGAGAAAUUAUUAAAGUUCGCAAAACUUGAUUUCAACAUCUUGCAGAGGAUGCACCAAAAGGAACUCGCAGAACUCACUAGGUUCUAA